AUGGGUGUAGGUUAUCCUGGUACAUAUGCAUUCGGAUACGACAUAUUAGAUCCUUACACUGGCAAUGUUCAGUUUAGAAAUGAAGAACGUUACCCAAAUGGUACAGUUAUAGGUAACUACGGAUACACGGACGCUAACGGACGAUUUCAAAGUUAUCGAUAUGUUGCUGAUAAGGCAGGGUAUAGGGUAGAAAACAACUUACAAACAACGGUACGCCCCCAACAUGCGGGCUCUGGUGGAUCUGAGUCAUCGAUAACUUGGUCUCGCCCUAAAAAGAAUAAUAUAAACACAAAUUUCAUCACAAAACUACCGAUUAAUAAUCAAAUCAACCCAAAUAACGCAUUACUACCACCAAGCUAUUACGCAAUAGAUUAA